GUCGAAUCAGAUUGGACUCGUCAAAGAAGGCAAAACUUCUCUUAACUUGUUUUCUUGUUUCAUAAGAGUCAAAUCUCCAGACUUUUACUAAAAAAAUUGUCAAAUUCUUUACUGCUUGAUUCAGCAAAACCCAGGAAUUUUUUAUUAUUAAAUUUGAGUAAAAUUUCCAUGGCUCAUACCCCAUUUUUUAUCAUUUUCAUUUCUCAAUUUCAACAAAAUUGAAAACAAUAAAAGACUGUAAAUCCAUGAACAAAGCUUAUUUAUUUAUUAAUAUUUUUUAUUUCAAGUUCCACAUCACAUUGCCAUAUUGCCAUCAUCUUCAAGCUUUAGUUGAGCUAUUUUUAAAUUUAAUUAGCAGUUAUCCAAUAAGAACUCUUGCCAUCAAAGAACCAACUACACAGCAAAUUUAAAAAAAAAAAACUUUUUUUUUCCCUUUUAAAAACAAUUCAUCCCAAUAUUACUUGUUUUUCAUGUUUUUUUUCUUUAUUACUAGAAGUUUCUCUAUUAAAGUUUAUUGCUUGUUUCACUUCUAUACUUUGGGGGUUUUUUUUUGGUGGUAUUGUUUUUGUUCUUUGCUUUUGACCCUCCAUUGAUGAGUUGUUCAACUGCUAUAUCUACAAAUAGAAGAAACCUUUAAGACUUUAUCAGUGUUUAUAUAUAUACACUUGGGGGAGGCUCUUUUAGCAAAUGGGCAUUCUUUGAAUCCCUUCAUCUAUGGAUCUAGAGACUGGUUUUCACCAUGUUAAGAAGGAAUCAUGGAGAACAGUAUUGACUUUAGCAUACCAAAGCCUUGGUGUUGUUUAUGGUGAUUUAAGUACUUCCCCUUUAUAUGUUUACAAAAGCACAUUUGAUGAAGAUAUUCAUCAUUCUGAAACAAAUGAAGAGAUCUAUGGGGUUUUAUCUUUUGUUUUUUGGACUCUUACUUUAGUCCCUUUGCUCAAAUAUGUAUUCAUAGUGCUUAAAGCUGAUGAUAAUGGUGAAGGUGGUACUUUUGCUUUGUAUUCAUUGCUGUGUAGACAUGCCCGAGUUAACUCACUCCCUAAUUGUCAAUUAGCUGAUGAAGAACUGAGUGAGUAUAAGAAAGAUGGUGGUGUUAAUGGGUUAUCACCAAAAUCAAAUUUGGGUUCAAGGUUGAAAUCUAGUUUAGAGAAACAUAGGGUGUUACAAAGGUUCUUACUUGUUCUUGCUUUGAUUGGAACUUGUAUGGUGAUUGGUGAUGGUAUACUCACACCAGCUCUUUCAGUUUUCUCGGCAGUGUCUGGCUUGGAGCUUUCAAUGUCGAAAGAGCAUCACAAAUAUGUAGAGGUUCCAGUCACGUGUGUCAUACUGAUAUGCUUGUUUGCACUUCAACAUUAUGGCACGCAUAGGGUCGGGUAUUUGUUCGCACCUGUGAUUCUAAUAUGGCUUCUUUGCAUAAGCAGUAUCGGUUUAUAUAAUAUCAUAUACUGGAACCCUCAUGUAUAUCGAGCUCUUUCUCCGUAUUAUAUGUAUAAAUUCUUGAAGAAAACACAACAAGGAGGUUGGUUGUCUUUAGGCGGCAUCCUAUUGUGCAUAACAGGCUCAGAAGCUAUGUUUGCUGAUCUUGGACAUUUUUCACAGUUGUCAAUAAAGAUUGCUUUCACGUCUUUGGUUUAUCCAUCUUUAAUUCUUGCAUACAUGGGGCAAGCUGCGUAUCUAUCCCGGCAUCAUAAUAUUGAAAGUGAUUAUCAAAUUGGAUUUUAUGUAUCCGUACCAGAGAAGUUACGAUGGCCGGUUUUAGUUAUAGCCAUACUCGCUGCAGUUGUAGGAAGUCAAGCCAUCAUAACUGGAACAUUCUCGAUCAUCAAACAAUGCUCUUCUCUUGGUUGUUUCCCCAAAGUCAAAAUAGUCCACACAUCGUCCAAAAUUCACGGUCAGAUCUACAUUCCGGAGAUUAAUUGGCUCCUGAUGGUGUUAUGCUUGGCGGUCACUGUCGGCUUUAGAGACACACGUCGCAUGGGUAAUGCAUCAGGUUUGGCCGUUAUAACUGUGAUGCUGGUCACUACUUGCCUAAUGUCUUUGGUAAUUGUGUUAUGCUGGCAAAAGAGUGUGUUCCUCGCUAUUUGCUUUGUUUUCUUUUUCGGCACGAUCGAAGCACUCUAUUUCACAGCUUCCCUAGUCAAGUUCCUCGAAGGGGCAUGGGUCCCGAUUGCCCUUUCGUUCAUCUUCCUGAUAGUCAUGUGUGUUUGGCACUACGGCACAUUGAAAAAGUACGAGUUUGAUGUUCAAAACAAGGUUUCCGUCAACUGGUUACUUACAUUGGGUCCCGAUCUAGGCAUAGUACGGGUUCGUGGGAUUGGACUCUUACACACAGAGCUUGUAUCAGGAAUCCCCGCAAUCUUCUCCCAUUUUGUCACUAAUUUUCCAGCCUUCCACCAAGUCCUAGUCUUCCUUUGCAUCAAGUCUGUCCCAGUCCCUCAUGUUAGACCCGAGGAACGGUUUCUCGUGGGUCAUAUUGGUCCUAGGGAAUGCAGGAUUUAUAGGUGCAUUGUACGAUAUGGGUAUCGUGAUGUUCAUAAAGACGAUAUCGAGUUUGAGAAAGAUCUCGUUUGUAGCAUAGCAGAGUUUGUACGGUCCGAAAACAGUUCCCCUCAUUAUGUUAAAGUAGAUCGGGAAACUGACAAUGACGAUAAAAUGAAAGUUGUCGGAACAUGUUUGACCCAUUUGGACGGGAUUCAAAUGAGCGAGGAUGAUUCAGACAACAUAGAAGAAGCCGGUCCAUCGGAGUUGAAGGAGAUACAGUCACCCACAAUUAAACCCCGAAAAAGAGUACGGUUUAUCGUGCCGGAGAGCCCGAAGAUAGAGUCCGAAUCAAUGGAAGAGUUGCGGGAACUUACGGAAGCUAGGGAAGCCGGGGUAGCUUACAUAUUAGGACACACUUGUCUUAGAGCUAAGCAAGGAUCUAGCUUGAUAAAAAAACUCGUAAUCGAUUUCGGAUAUGAAUUUUUGCGGAAAAACAGCCGGACGUCUACACUCGCAUUAACCGUACCUCAUGUCUCGACGUUGGAGGUUGGGAUGGUUUACCAUGUUUAAUUUUGGUAAUGUAGAAAUAGUGUAAUAUGUAUCAUAUGCACGUUUACAAAGCUAGUUAAAUAGUUACUGAAAGAGCUA